AUGAACGAACUGUGCCCGUUCUACUGUUGUUACCUUCUGCAGUCCGUCAAUAAACGGCAGUCGUUCUACGUAGGCUCGACACCGAAUCCGUACAAACGGUUGCGCCAGCACAACGGCUCGUUGGUCCAUGGGGGUGCGUACAGGACGAAGCGGCUAGGUGCACGGCCCUGGGAGAUGGUUGGGAUCGUGUAUGGAUUCCCGAGUCGGAUUGCCGCUCUACAAUUCGAACACGCUUUACAGCAUGUGUACCAGACACAUUACAUUCCUGACAAUGAGCGGAUUGUCAAAAACAAGCAAGGUGGGAAGACGCUGCCGCAGAAGUUGUCCUCCAUACGACAACUUCUCAAGUGCCACUAUUUUCACUUGAUGUCUGUGAAGGUACACUUCUUCAACGCACAUGUCUCCGAGGUUUGGAUGGAUAAUAAAUUCAAAGUAGAGGCCGAUAACGUAAUGACCGUUUCGGAGGGUGCACUACACCAUAUUGAUCCAGCAAAGAGCACAAUUGAUGACGUUUUGGAUUACGCUUCUGCGAAUCAGCGACUCGUAGAGAAGUUUUACAACGAUUAUAUGAAGGAGCAUGACAAGACGUUGGAUCGUUACCUGGACAAGCUGACAACAGGAUCACUUGCAUGCACACUGUGCGAUUCUACCUUUGAUUACACUUCCGACGAUGUAAGUUUGAAACCAUUUGUUGCAUUCUGUAAGCACUGUAACGGCGUGUCACAUUUACGGUGUCUUUACGAUAAGUUUCUAAACGACGAAGGAUCUGAAUCGCUUGUACCUGAAAGGGGGAUUUGUCCAAGCUGCCAGGAGAUAAACGCCUGGUCAGAAACCGUGCUUUACGCCAAAACCAUCAAAAAGCAGCAUAGCCAUUGA